AUGCCACGACCUGGAGUAUGGGAAAGAACAGAGCGUCCACUCAACACCGACCCAACAGAGAUGCAGACUGAACCUGAUGAUGAUGACCCAUGGCCCCAUGGACAUGACUACUGCGCUACUUCAGAGCCUGCCGCACUUGAUCUCUCCCUCAAUGAGAGUGAUGAGCUACGCGAGGAGAUAUCAAGGCUCUGGAAACAAAUCGAGGAGAUAACCAUUAGCAGCAAGUUCGAUUUUCCAGAGUCUAAAACUGCUUUUGAUGAUUUGUCUGGAGAGAGCAAACUAGAGACAACACCUCUCACCUUUCUCAAAUAUGCUUCUGAAAGCUGUCUUCUGCACUCAGACCUACGGCAGAUGUUGGUGAGUAAAGAAGAAAUACACCCUGAACAGCAGGACAGGAAUCUGAUUGUUGACCAGAAAUACAUUAAAGAGGAACAAGAGGAACUCUGGACAAGUCAGGAAGGAGAGCAGCAUCACAAGGUGGAGGAGGCUGACAUUCCAGAGUUACCUUUCACUGUUGUCCUUGUGAAGUGUGAAAAUGCUGAAGAUGAACCACAGUCACGGGUUCAUCAAAACCUAAAUGAGAACAAAAAUGCAGGACCUCUAAUCAGCAGCUCAACUGUACGUAGAACACUGACAGCCAAAAUUGAUGGAGAGGACUGUGGAGGACCACAUCUAGGCAGUAACCUCAAUCCAUAUAGUUGUUUACAACCAAAUAUUAAGAGCAGCCAUUCAGACAGUUGUGAAACAGAUGAUAAUGGCGAAGGAAAGCACAUCAAGGAACAUUUUUCAGGUAUUAACUGUCUGAAAAACUGUGACGCCUCUGGUGUUGAUAGCAGGGGUAAUUCCUCUGAAGGUGGAAAAGCACUGGGUCACUUUUCAAAGCAACAUGGGAGAAUUCAAGCAAAUGAGAAACAUGCUAGCCCUCCUGAGUGGGCUAAAUUGUGCAGACGAAAGGGCUAUCUGACCAUAAAGAGAAGUCAUACAGCAGGUAAAAUGUUUGGCUGCUUUGACUGUGGUAAAAGAUUCAAUGAUGAAAGUGAUCGGAACAGACAUAGGAAAAUUCAUGCAGGACAGAAACCAUUUUGCUGUUGUGAGUGUGGAAAAAGGUUUCGAGAUAAAAACAGCCUGAGCAGGCACAUGACAAUUCAUACAGGGGAAAAACCAUUUGGCUGCUGUGAUUGUGGUAAAAGAUUUGGGGUAAAAAGCAAUCUGAGCAGCCACAUGAGAAUUCAUACAGGGGAAAAACCGUUUAGCUGUGUUGAGUGUGGUAAAUGUUUUCAAGAUAAAAACAAUAUGAACAUACACAUGAGAAUUCACACAGGAGACAAACCGUUUGUCUGUUCUGAGUGUGGGAAAAGAUUUCGAGGAAAAGACCAUUUAAACAGCCACAAAAGAAUUCAUACAGGAGACAAACCAUUUGGCUGUUCUGUGUGUAGUAAAAGAUUUCGUGGUAAAACCCAUUUGGACAGACAUCUGAUAAGUCAUACACGAGAGAAACCGUUUGGAUGUUCUGAAUGUGGUAAAAGAUUUGGAGGAAAGGUUGAGGUGAAUGCACAUAUGAGAAUUCACACAGGAGAGAAACCAUUUGGCUGUGUAGUGUGUGAUAAAAGAUUUCGUCAAAAAGGCCAUCUGGACGGCCACAUGAAAAUUCAUAAAGGAGAAAAACCAUUUGGCUGUUCUGUAUGUGGUAAAAGAUUUCGAAGAAAAGGUGACAUGAACAGACACGUGAGAAUUCAUACUGGAGAGAAACCAUUUGGCUGUUUUGUGUGUAAUAAAAGAUUUGGAGAUAAACGUGGUCUGAACUGCCACAUGAGAACACAUACGGGAGAGAAACCAUUUGGCUGUUCUGUGUGUGGUAAAAGAUUUGGAGAUAAAAGUGGUCUGAACAGACAUGUGAGAAUACAUACAGAGCAGGUGGGUUAGGAGUUCUAGUGGACACUUGCCUUGAGUGUCCUCUAUCCCACUGUGAAGAGGGUUUGCGGGGAGAGAUCUCUAUGAGGACGUGUCAAUGAAAACCAACCCCAGCUAAAAACUCCACAAAGCAAAUAUGAAAAAGUCUGAAAAUGAUCAGUUGUACUGGCUGGAUGUCUCCCAGGAUAAAAAGGUCCCCAAAU